AUCUGCGAAAAUUUCGUUUUGAGCGUGAAAGUUUGCGGAUCAUUUUGUGUUCUUGCGAAAUUUUAUUCCGGCGACACACAUUUGUGAUUGCUGUCAUUAUUUUUUGGGCAUAGACAGUUUUUCGGAAGGAAACAGCGUGACGUAAAAGUCUACCCUCCGGACGGGUCUUCGGUGGUGGUUCGCUGCAUAUAUCCGGGCUCCUCCAAACGAUGGCUACUACAGGCUAUGUUUUAUUCGAGCAUGCGACGGGCUACUCGCUGUUCCAAGUGUCAGAGUUCGAGGAGAUCGGCGAGAACCUGAGCCAGGUGGAGCAGUCUGUCAGCAAUCUCAACAAAUUCGACGGCAUGGUGAAGCUGUUGGCCUUCAUGAGCUUCACGGAUAACCUUCGCGCUCUGGAGAAUGCCAACGCCAUAUCGGAAGGUAUCCUUCAUGAGGAUUUGCAGAAAUUUCUCGAAGACAAUUUGCCCAAGUCUACCAAGAAGAGCAAGAUCAUUUUGGGUGUCGGUGAAGCGAAGAUUGCUGCGGCCAUUGCUGAGAGCCGCGGCAUUUCUUGCCAGACCACUGGCAUUGUCCCCGAAGUCAUUCGAGGCAUUAGACUGCAUUUCGCCAAAUUGGCGAAGCUGGAUGGUCUGACGCCCGAGACGGCAAAUAAGGCCCAACUGGGCUUGGGUCACUCGUAUUCGCGAUCCAAAGUGAAAUUCAACGUUAACCGCGUGGACAACAUGAUCAUCCAGAGUAUCGCUAUUCUGGAUCAGCUGGACAAAGACGUCAACACGUUCACGAUGCGUAUUCGUGAGUGGUACGGCUAUCAUUUUCCCGAGUUGAUCCGCAUCGUCCCCGAUAAUUACCUCUACACCCAGCUGGUCAGUAUUAUCGGAGAACGACAGACUCUCGAGAAAGAUGGCGAGACGAAGAUACAGGUCAUGAGGGACCUGCUGGAGGAUGAGGAUAAAUUGCAACAUGUUUUGGAAGCAGCCAGAACAUCGAUCGGCGCAGAAAUACCCGAAGUUGAUCUGCAAAAUGUGCAGACGUUCUGCAGCAAAGUGAACAAGCUAGCGGCCUUCCGUUUAAAGCUGCACGGUUAUCUCCGCGAUAAAAUGGCCCAGUGCUCACCCAGUUUGGCGGCUUUAAUUGGGGAACAAGUCGGGGCACGUUUGAUUUCGCAUGCUGGCAGUUUGACCAACUUGGCCAAGUUCCCCGCAUCUACGGUGCAGAUUCUUGGCGCGGAGAAAGCAUUAUUCCGCGCAUUGAAGACGAGGGGUAAUACGCCUAAAUACGGAUUGAUUUACCAUUCCUCAUUUAUUGGCAAGGCCAAAGCCAAGGAUAAAGGGCGCAUUUCUCGGUAUUUGGCUAAUAAAUGUUCCAUCGCUGCACGCCUGGAUUGUUUCAGUGAAAUGCCCAGUGCUGUCGUUGGAGAACAUUUGCGGAAACAAGUUGAAGAUCGUUUGAAGUAUAUCGAAGGUGGUGAAAAUCCUCCUAAAAACGUUGAUGUCAUGAAGGAAGCCGUUAAAGAGGCGGAAGCGGCCAAGCAAGCAUAUCUGAAGUCCACAGAAAAGAAGAAAAAGAAGAAGCGCGUAAAGACAGAAGAAGCUGAGGAGACGGCUGAGGAAGCUGUUGAAGCUCUUGAGGGAAAGAAGAAGAAGAAAAAGCGGCCUACUGAGGACGUGGAGAUGGAACACGAAGUUGAGCAACAGGUGCCUGCUGAAGAAGAACAAGAGACUGAGGAACAGCCGGCCAAGAAGAAGAAGAAAAAGAAGUCAAAGCAAGUAGCAGAGGAGUAAACACAGUUAAUCUUGUAUUCUUAUUAGUUGGGUUUUGUUUUCUUUUUAGUUGGGCUUUGUUGUUGUAAACUUGUAAUCAUACGUAUCCUACGGUAUUUUAUUAAAAGUCGAUGUUAUGGUUUUCGUACCUGUUUGUCUGUGUUUGUGUAAUGAAGAAAGAAGUUGACGCUCUCGAUUUGCGGAGGAUCGUUGUAAUAAAAUGUAGAAGGUA